CAGGCUGCUGCCACUGCGUCAGUCCGCUGUCCACAGUGUCCAGUCACUCUGCAGCCUACAGCAGCCCAACAUGGCCAGCCACUGCCACGCCACCGUAGCCGCCGUGAUUGUCGCUGCUGCCUUUGCCGCAGUGGUUGCUGAGUCUCCGCCGCAUAUGGCAGCUUUGAAGUUCACGAAAGAAAUGGUGAGCAAAUGUCAAGAGAAGUCGGAGAUAUCACAAGAAAUCGUUGACGAAAUGCAGAAGAACAAAGGCUUAUUACCUGAUGAGAGUUCAGUUGCGCAAAGGUGUUUUCAAGAAUGCAUGGCUAAAGAGAUGGGACUGCUUAAAGACGGUGGCGGAGUUGCGGUGGAAAAUAUCGUGACGGUGCUGAAAGCGACGCUUCAGAUGGCUUCGGAAGGGUCCGAGGACAGAUACACGAUCGACACGGAUGCAGUGACGCGGGAUCUCGAGGGCUGCGAAUUCGAAGGUGAAGACGAUGAAUGCAUCAACUCCCAUGAUGCCAUGAAAUGCUUGCGGAGUUUAGGAAAUCCGGAUAAUAUGAAGCGCUACAUAACAAAGGAAUCAUAAUAUCUUUGACUGACAACAGCGGUUUUCAUGGAACUGAUAACGCCAUGAGUGUUCAAUAUAAUGAUCAAUCCUAGAACGAAGGAACAGCUGAGAAGGUGUUUCACAUGUUUGGCCAUCAAUAACUGCAGCUUAUUAAAACUAUACUUAAUGUAAAAUGCUAUAUUUUUCAUUAAAUUAUUACAGAAAUCCUUCAUUA